CCCCUGGGAAGACCUCGGCAAAGGAGAUGGAGCCAAACCAAAGUUCUCAAGAUGGCGGCAGGCUCACACGCACCGAAGCAUUGGUCCCACUGAAUGAGCUGAGAGAGAAGAACCUGUUAUGUGACGCAGUGUUGAGGUUGGACGAUGGUGGAGUCUUUCGAGUCCACAGAGUGAUUCUCUCCAUGUCCAGCGAAUAUUUCAGAAACCUCUUCACGACAACACUGCACACCAUAGAGGAGACUGAUAUUCUCCUCCACGGAGUCAGCUCUGACAUGAUGAUCCAGAUACUGGAUUUUGUUUAUGUGGGGAAGGUGGACAUCCGCUCGGACAACGUGCGUCAGCUGCUCGUGGCGGCUGAAUACUUGUGUAUUCUUGACCUUAAUAAACUCUGCUGCGACUUCCUCAAGGACGCGACGGACGUCGACAACUGUAUCGACAUCAUGCAUUUCGCAAGGUUUCACUUAUGCGCCGACCUUGAGACCGAAGCUCGUCGCUUCCUACUGUACCACUUCGUGGAAGUGUCUCAGCAGAGCAAAGAACUGCUGGAACUGCCUGUAGAGGAGCUGCAAGCGAUAAUCGAGUCCGACGAACUGGUCGUGGAGGACGAGAAAGUUGUGUGGGAGUGCAUUCUCCGGUGGAUCAACCACGACCCGGACAACAGGAAAGGCCACAUCGCGGACCUUUUGAAGGGCGUCAGACUGGGACUACUUGACGCAGAAUUUUUCCUGGAGACGGUAUCAAAUCACCCAUACGUGAAGGAUAAUGAUGGAUGCAGACCAUUGAUCUCUGAGACGCUCGCGUUUCGGCGCUACCCAGAAAUGAUGACGAAGGAAGGCAAGGAAUUCGUGACACCAAGGAUUGCCCGCCCGCGAAUCCCACAGGACAUUCUUUUUGCUAUUGGUGGGCGUUGUGACGGAAGGCCAACAGAUUUGAUCGAAGCGUACGACGCACGAGCAGACGGGUGGAGUGUGGUGGAGGGCGUCGACUCGAUCUGUCCGCGAGCCAACCAUGGCACGGCAGUAGUUGGUUUCGACAUUUACAUCAUCGGUGGUAUCAACCACAGCUCUGAAGGUUUAAGCUCAUGCCAGUGCUUCAACGCUGUUACGAAGACAUGCCGCGAGGUGGCGCCUAUGAAUGUCUGGAGACGCUGUUUAAGUGUGGCAGUUCUGCGAGGUGCAGUUUACGCCAUGGGCGGCUUAGAUGGUCGUCUGCGUCUUAAAACGGCGGAAACAUACGACUGCAAGACGAACCAGUGGUCGUGGAUCGCUCCCAUGAACAGAGAGCGACGCAGUGCAAGUGCGGCUGUACUGAAUGACAACAUAUACGUCGCUGGUGGAGUUACAGGUGUGCAUAGAUAUGGAAACUCGGUGGAAGUUUAUGACCCUGAUACGAACAAAUGGACGUUCGUUGCACCAAUGCUUUCUCGACGUGCCAGUUUCUCUUGCGUCGCCUUCCACGGCUGUCUGUACGCCCUAGGAGGGCAGAACAGAACAUCAGGCCAGCUCACAACCGAAAAGUAUGACCCUGCAGAAGACACGUGGACCGAGAUGCCUGCCAUGAACUUCUAUUCAACUGACUUACACGCAGAAGUGAUCAACGAUAUGAUCUACGUCAUCGGUAGAUAUUACGAAUCGCACAUAUUCGUUGUCAAUUGUUAUAACGACAAGGAAGAUAAAUGGUACAAGGUGACAAACAUGAAUGUUUGUAGAUUCUUCGCGUCGACUUGUGUCAUCAAGAACCUACCGAAUGCAAGCGAUUACGCCUACAAACACAGAGACAAUUUAAUGAAGCGGCUGUGUGCAAAGUACAGAAAUAGUGAAAUUGUGAGAAUAUUAAUUUUGAUAGUCAUAGCUGCUUUCGGAUUUAUUCUUUACCGACUCACCGAAAAUUUUUGAUUUAUAUGUUGUUAGUGUAUGUGGCCAUGUGCUUUUUACGUUACCACAGACAAUCAACGUAAAUUUUUCGCUGUUAUAUUUCUUCAGGACCGACUUACCGAAAGUUUAUCAUAUAAACAUAGUGACUGUCAAGUGCAAUCCUGAACAACUUCUGCUGAUUUUUAACUCUGUUCUGUGUUACCAUAAAAGGCUGUGUACGUUAUUUUGCACCAAUUUAUUAAGAAUAACGCAGAGAAAAGUAUAAAAUACGCUUCAUAGACAACAGUCAAAGAAGAACUAAAGACAAGAUUUGUUCUUGCGUUGUUAUAAACUGUCUGGAAUAUUAAAAAAAACAUUUCAUAUUUCUCAAUAUAUCUCCAGUACUAAUUUUUGAGGACAUUUAAUUUCUCAUCCCAUGACUUACUGUUUACUAGCAUCAAUGUCACUGGAGUAUAUCAUCUGGAGUAACAUUUGCACCUUAGUAUACGCAUCCAUAUUUAUUACAUUCCAUGAAUCCAUACAUUAAUAAGAUGACAUAGUCAUAAUAAUACACAAGUUAAAUUCAAAGUA